UAUACUAACGGAUGGCGAUUAUGAUUCGUCGCGAAAGCUCGACAUUUUUAAUUAGUCUUACUUCAUUAAAAUCAACACCAGAUUUGCAUACAAGCUAUAGCUUGCAAUUCAUCGAUGGUACAAAAAAAGUGCGGAAAAACGAUGAAAAACUCCGAAGUUGUAUUCAAAGUUCUUCUCGUGAUUCUUAAUUAGCCAUUUCCUUGGGAUGUUCGCUUUGAUUGGUUUCAUUCGCAAAAUCGUGCGUUUUUGAUGCGUCCCUGAAUCAGUAAAUUGUAGUUUCAUAACACAACAGUUUUUUUUUUAAUAUAGAGAAGCUCAGAAAGUGUUGAAUCUGGACAGAUUGCCAAAAUGAGUUAUCGUGAAGUAAGAUCCCAUCGUUUUAUACUCGGAGAAAUGUCUUGUAACUGGUUCGAAAGGAGAUCUUAUCUUACCUUGAUAAAACCAAGGCAGCCUAUCACUUUUCAUAAUAUUCAAUUUUAUCGGAAUAAACCACUCGAAAUCUAACAAUCAUAUUGACAUCAUUCGCCCCGCGUUCGUUGUCAUCGAUAUUCUCAAUCAAUGAUUAGACUUUGUGCCCAACAGUUAAUCCUAACGGAUAAACUUCCAUCAAAAAAAAUAACACGGAAGUAACAUUCAAUUUUUAUAAGACCGGCAGAUUUCUAUUUCCUUCCAUUUUUUAUUUUCUCUGUGACUAUCAAUGUGAAAGUAAAUUAAUUGCGUGAGUGAUUCGAAGACCGCAGUCGAGAUGUGUAACUAAUUUCUCGGUGAAAAGGAAAAGUGGCCUGUUGUUACUUUUUUCUCGGAUGAGCUCUCGAAAUAUUCAAAGGAGAAAAAAAUGGCUAAUAACGAGGUUGAAUUCUCAGUCCCACAGGAAUCUAAAACGCGAACGUAUGCAAUCUCUACGCAGACGUCAGUCCGACCUGUACCUCCCAUAAAAAUGGAGCGAUCCCGUAAGAAAGUUAUAAUUAUUUCAAUCGUCGGUUUAGUAAUUAUGGUUCUUGGAAUAAUCGUAGGAUCACUUUGGGCCACAACAAUAUAUGAUUUGAUAUUUGUAAAGAUAUUGACGUUAACAAAAACAUCCUUCACUUUCGAUUUAUGGGUGAAAACUCCUAUUCCAAUGUACUUCAAGUUCUAUAUGUUCAAUUGGACUAAUCCAGAUCAGUUUUAUGCAUCGUCAAAUGUUAAACCGCACUUUCAGGAAAUGGGGCCUUAUGUUUUUCGAGAAGUUGAUACUAAAUUGAAUCUAAUAUGGAACAAUAACGGAACUGUCACGUUUCUUAGGAAGAAGGAAUGGUUCUUUGAGGAAUCUCUGUCCAAUGGGAGUCUAACCGACGAGAUUACCAAUUUGAACCCGAUAGUCGCGACGAUUGCCCAUACGCUAAAAUAUAAGCCUCCGUUCGUACGUAAGUUAGUCGAUGAAGUUAUGGUGAGUUUAGGAGAGAAGCUAGUAUUAACUAAAAAUGUGAAAACGCUGAUUUUCGACGGAUAUAAUGACACGUUGUUGAACAUUGCGCUAAAGAUGAAAGUAACCAAAAUACCUUACUCUAAAUUUGCAUGGUUCUAUGCGAGGAAUGGUUCGGAUACCUACGACGGCACGUUCAACAUAUUUACUGGAGCUGAUGAUUUAUACAACAUGGGAAUGAUGUCAGAAUGGAAUUUCAGUAACCGAACAGAUAAAUAUGAUGGUUCGUGUGGUAAGAUACGUGGAUCAUUGGGAGAUUUUUGGCCACCUUUAAAGAAUAAUAAGACAUUGUCUAUAUUUCUCCCUGAUAUUUGCACAUCUUUGGAUUUACAGUACGAAAAUACAACGGAAGUUCAAGAUAUAACAGGAAACAAAUAUAUCGCAAACAAAUAUAUGCUCGAUAAUGGUAAAUCUGUACCGUCAAGAAAAUGUUAUUGUCCUAAUGGGAAUUGUGGACCUAGCGGAACAUUAAAUAUUUCAUCUUGCAAAUAUGAUGCGCCAGCUUUUGUUAGUAUGCCACACUUUUAUCUAGCAGACCCGAGUUACAGAGAAAACAUAACGGGAAUGUCACCAGAUGAAAAUAAACAUUCACUAAUGCUCAUUUUGGAACCGACCACAGGUGUUCCACUCGCAGUUAAGGCGCAAGUGCAGUUAAAUUUGUUACUGGAACCGGUGAAAGAUACAAGUAUGUUCGAGAAUAUAAAGAAGACUUAUAUUCCAAUGCUGUGGUUUACUCAAGAGGCUAAUUUAACUGCCGAAUAUGCGAAGAAAGUUCAGCUAUUUUUAAUUCUUAAAUCAUUAGGUACCGUAACCUUUUUCGGAAUAGGGGGAAUCGGAGUUUUAAUAGUCUUCAUCGCAGUCUUUGUUUAUAUACGACAAAGAUGGCAAGGAGAGGAAGGCCAGAUAUUAAUAUCCAAGUACGAUGGCGAUGUUAGAACAAGAAACGAAAUGUAAUUACUUCCUCUUACGCGUGAUUAUUAUAAGUCAGACGCCGAAAUUUAAAUUGAUUUUAUAUUAUGCAUUCACAUUAUUUCUUGUAUAUAUAUCAUAACGCAGCAAAUUCUGUUUAUUCAUUAAAUCGUUAAUUUAGAAGAUACAAGAUAUCGAAAUUUGUACAUAUAUUUGUCUGAAUCGUUAAUUUCCCGUGUAAAGUAAGACCUAUCACGUCCAUAAAAAAUAUUGCAUAACUUUAUGUUGCUGUCAAAAUAAAAUUUUACAAUAUUUUUAACAUUAAUAAAAAUAUUCUAUAUUUUUGGCGCCGGACUUUUAUUAAUCGUGCUCUUUUACGUGCCAUGGUUAGCGUUAAGAUGUUUUUACUAUAUUUUUAUUUUACUUUACUUCCUUUGAUUUUUACUUCCUUUGUAUUCAAGUUUUCUUCCUUAAUUUCGAAUAUAAUUAUAGAGUAGAGGUAAGACUGUAUCGAUGUCUUAUAAAUAUUUGAUAAGAAACAGUUAAUGUACCACGAAGGUACGAAAGUGCCUACUUUAGCUAUUAGUGUGGCUAUGAAUUUUCAAGUAAACAGUAAUAAAUAGUAAUAAGUAUAAUUCAAACUGUUAAUAAGAUGUUAAACUGAAGAUUUAUUUUUACGUUUGUUAAAAUGUGAAACAAAUGUAGCUUUUAUAGACAUUAUAGACAUUAAAAUAUAUGAAAUAUUUAUGCGAUGGAACAAUCUUCAGAGAUACUAAAACGUUUUUUCGAUUGGUUAUAUAUGACAGUGCAAUUAAAAAAUCUAUUAAUAUUACUGCAUUUUAUCAGGAAUAUAUAUUACUGUGAAAAUAUAUACUAUUAUUUUAGAUAU